CUCAGGCAAAGUUGUCAGUGUCUUCUUCAGUUAUCAUGGACAGAGACACAGUACAGCUGAACUGUAGUAACAGUGAGAAUCAGAAGAUGAACGAGUGUUACUUCAUAAUAGAUGGAAGAGAAAAUAAACAGAGCAGAUCAUGUCAACUAUCACUCACUGGAUCUAACAUCAUUAAAUGGUCAGUAGGUCAGAGGUCAUCUGUCAUCAUAACCUGCUACUACACUGUGUACAUAUCACAAGUUCUCAUGUCAUCUCCACGUUCAGAUCCAGUAACAGUUCAAAUUCCAACAUCAUCUACCACUGCGACUACUACAACAACAGUCAUAACAACUAUAAAUUUUCCAGCUGAAGCUGUAACAUCCAGAACUAAAACAACAGCUGUUUCAACAUCAACCACCACUGUGGGUACUACAACAACAGUUAUGACAACUUUGUCCACUACUGGAACCAAAACAUCUGCUGUUCCUCUGACCCCUGUUAUUUCAGGGACAACUCCGGAAGCUAAAGACACAAAAAUGUGGGUAAUAAUACAGUGGUCAGCGUUGGCGUGCUCUGUGAUUGUACUCACAGGACUAAUAUGUCUGUGCGGAUUUGCAUGCAAAAAAAGAUCUAAACGUCAAAGAACUGCAGGAGAUUCGCGUGCUUCUGGACCUGCAAAUAUAUACUCUCUCAUCACUUCUGUACCAGACACAUCUCAAACAACAGACAGCAAACCAGCUCUCUCAGACGCUUACUCGCUGAUUACAACCUUCCAGCCCUCAGGCCUCAAGAAGCCCCAACAAAGUAAACCAGAGACUUACUCGCUCAUUACUUCAACCUCCCAGCGUUCAGAUGUUUUGGUUAAUACACAACACAAGAAGGGACCUAUUGAAGAUGAUGAAAAUGUUUAUCACGUCUACUGCACCAUCCCAGACCAACCAGUAAGAGCUGUUGCUAAAGAUCAGAACUACAGUUUGGCUAUCUGACUUUCACUCAAGACUUUGUUCAUUAUCUUCUUUGUUUAUUAUUCAUUUACGUGACAUGCAGUUGUAAAAUGUUUAAAUAAUAAAUAAACUGUAAUUUAAGAAUAUUACUGUAUAAUACAGAUCAACUUAAUAAAGUAACUAAUAAAAGCCAUAUAUUUACAGACAUUAACCUGAAAGGUAGUUGUUUUAAUGUA